AUGGCAAGUGAAGAAAUUAAUGAAGACUAUCCAGUAGAAGUUCAUGAGUAUUUAUCAACAUUUGAGAAUUCCAUUGGUGCUGUGGAUGAGAUGCUGAAGGCCAUGAUGUCUGUUUCUAGAAACAAGUUGUUGCAGAAGUUGGACCCACUUGAUGGAAAUAAAAUUGAGUGGCUGGUGUUUCCGUUGGUCCCAGUAUGUGAAAUUGUGUAUGUUAAUGUGAAAGCCCUGAAAGAGAAGAUUGAAUCUGAAAAAGGGAAAGAUGCCUUUCCAGUAGCAGGUCAAAAACUAAUUUAUGCAGGAAAAAUCCUCAAUGAUGAUACUGCUCUCAAAGAAUAUAAAAUUGAUGAGAAAAACUUUGUGGUGGUUAUGGUGACAAAACCCAAAGCAGUGACAACACCAGCACCCACUACAACUCAGCAAUCAAAUCCUGCCACCACUACCACAGUUACUUCCUCCACAGCACCAGCUGUGGCUCAAGCCCCAGCCCCGACUCCUGCUUUGGCUCCUGCUUCCACACCUGCAUCUAUCACUCCAGUGUCAACAACAGUAUCUUCUGAGCCUGCACCUGCUAGUGCAACUAAACAAGAGAAACCUGCAGAAAAGCCAGCAGAUACACCAGUGGCUACAAGUCCAACAUCAACUGACAGUACAUCAGGAGAUUCUUCUCGGUCAAACCUUUUUGAAGAUGCAACAAGUGCACUUGUGACAGGUCAGUCUUACGAGAACAUGGUAACUGAGAUCAUGUCCAUGGGCUAUGAACGAGAACAAGUCAUCGCAGCCCUGAGAGCCAGUUUCAACAACCCUGACAGAGCAGUGGAGUAUCUUUUAAUGGGAAUUCCUGGAGAUAGAGAAAGUCAAGCUGUGGUAGAUCCCCCUCAAGCAGCGAGCACUGGAGCGCCGCAAUCUUCAGCAGUGGCUGCCACAACAGCAACGACUACCACAACGAGUUCAGGAGGACACCCCCUUGAAUUUUUACGAAAUCAGCCUCAGUUUCAGCAGAUGCGACAAAUUAUUCAACAAAAUCCUUCCCUGCUUCCAGCAUUGUUACAACAGAUAGGCCGAGAGAAUCCUCAGUUAUUACAGCAAAUCAGCCAACACCAGGAGCAUUUUAUUCAGAUGUUAAACGAACCAGUUCAAGAAGCUGGGGGUCAAGGAGGAGGAGGUGGCAGUGGCAGUGGAGGAAUUGCAGAAGCUGGAAGUGGUCACAUGAAUUACAUUCAAGUAACACCUCAGGAAAAAGAAGCUAUAGAAAGGUUAAAGGCAUUAGGAUUCCCUGAAGGACUUGUGAUACAAGCAUAUUUUGCUUGUGAGAAGAAUGAGAAUUUGGCUGCCAAUUUUCUUCUACAGCAGAACUUUGAUGAAGAUUGAAAGGGACUUUUUUUGUAUCUCACACUUCACACCAGUGCAUUACACUAACUUUGUUCACUGGAUUGUCUGGGAUGACUUGGGCUCAUAUCCACAAUACUUGGUAUAAGGUAGUAGAUUGUUGGGGGGGAGGGGGGCUAGGAUAUAGGGCAGGGAUAAAUACAGUGCAUGUCUGCUUCAAGUAGCAGAUGCCGCAGAUCCACACAGUGUAAAAUACUAUACAACCAAAAAUCAGCUUUUGCAGAUCUUUAUUUCUUCUGUAAAACAGUAGGUAACUUUUCUUAGGUUUCACUCUUCUUAGUGUACUAGAUCCAGAAAUUUAGUGUAAUGCCCUGCUUUAUAUUUCUUUGACUUAACAUUGGUUUCAGAAAAAAAACAACAAAAAAAAAAUCUUUGCUACCUAGAAUUUAAAGUCUCUGUUUCAUGGCAACACUGGAUAAUGGCUUUGUGAAAUUGAGAAUAGUUUUGGAGCAACUGUAAAAAGAAAUGCCAAAUUAUUGAUGGUUAUUGCUGCCUCACAGAAGUAUGAAAUUAAUGUGUAAGAAAGCCCAUUCUUUCAUGUUAAAUACUUGGGGUAGGGGAGGGGAGAAAGGGAACUUUUUCUUAAAAAUGAAAAUAAUUUCUGCUCUUUUAAAAUUUCUUGAUCAUUGAAUGUGAGACCCUUCUAACAUGAUUUGAGAAGCUGUACAAGUACAGGCAGAGUUAUUUUCCUGUUUACAUUUUUUUGUUUUGGGGAAAAUUGGUAGGUGUCUAAUUACUGUUUACUUCAUUGUUAUAUUGCAGUAAAAGUUUUAAAAACAACCAUUGCAUGUUUGCUUUUGAUGUAUCCCUUUGUGAAAUUAGCACUUUGGGGGCCAAUGGAGAAAUGCAGCCUUCCCUCUCCCUCUCCUCCCCUUUCCUAAGCAGAAGUGUGUUUUCAGCAAGUCAUGAGUCAAACUGCUGCCUUUUAAAAAAACCUAAGAUGCUGAUGCAGUUAAAAAAUAAUGCAGAUGUUUUGAAACUGGGUUUCUGAUAUUUGUAAAUGUUUUUCUUUAUUAGAUAAGAAUGUAUUACCAUUAAAGUCAUUGGUACUAAUGCUUCAAAAGAGAAAGUAGAACUAUAAUCCAGUAUCUUUUAUUACAUUGGAAAGACUGGCGAAAUCUUUUGGAGGGGUUGGGAGAUACGGCUGGAAAAGUACUUUGGGAAAUAUGCAGUCAAGAUAUGGCAUAUUAAAAGAAAAAUCUUAAUUAGCAGUGUUGGCUUUUAUUUAGCUUCUUUUUGCAUUUCAUUUUUUUUUUAAUUUCCUUCAUUGGCAUUGUUACUUCAUCAUAUAAAGAGGGGCAGAUGUCUGCUUGUUCAGUUUUUCAAAUCUGUUUUCUUGAAUAUAAACGAGACUAAAAUAAUAUUUUUUUAACCAUCCAAUACAAGUAAGAAGAUGGAUUUGCACAGGUUUCUCCCUGCAUAAUCUCUUACAAUAUCCUCAGCACAGUUUGGUGAUGACUUUUAAGCUUUUACGUCAUGCACUCGUAGCCUAUCUCUUAUGAAAAUAAAUGAAACCAUGAUUUUCCAUCUCAAUGUUAUCAUGUUUAAUUUUCAUGUGUUUAUUCCAUAAACGUGACGAGCCUUUUGAACUC